GGCAGCCACAUAGGAAGUAUCUCUAUCUGGAGACUGCCUCCUUGGAGAGCUCCUUUGUGAACUCUGAUCCUCAGAAAGGGGCCUUGCAAAUUUAGGUUGGCAGAUAAGAGGAUGCAGAGAGAUGCCAGCUUCUAUCAACGUGUCUGUUGCUUCCAAAGGUGGCAAACCUCAUUUGGGAGCACUCCAGGGAGCCCCGGACAUGUGCAAGCUCACCCCGAGAAGAGCUGGCAGCAUGUUGCCCAUUGUAUCCAGCUGCAGCACACAGUCAUCAAAGAAGUUCAUGGUGACCUCUUCUCAGAGAAAGAAUGCAGUGUCAGAGGGCUGUGGGGACUCCUCACUUCACAGGCCCCCCACAUCUUGGCCCAGCAUGGGUGGGGGAGCCCAGCAAGACCCCUGAGAGCACUGCACUGAUGCUUCUACCUCCAAAUCUCAGCUCAGCCACCCUCAGCUGGCCAGAGAGAAUCUGGGAUGCAAGGAAGAAAAGCACAGUCAUGCUGAAGGAGCUCUGUGCACUUGCAACAUGGCUGCAGAGGGCAAGCUGACUGCCCCACGCCCCAAGGACAAGCUACUGCUCUGCUUCAUGAGACAUUGCUGAGCCCCUCGCAUGCCCCAGGCAAUCCCUGGUGAUCCUGUUUCAUUCCACAGCCAUCUGCAAAGGAAAACCAUGACCGCACAUGGCACAUGGGUGCUGCAACGUCUCCCAGCAUGAAGCACCUUCAGGGUGCACAUGCACAGCUUCACGAGUCACGACCCCCCACUUCCCAAAUGCUCUGAUCGACACCACACUGCACCCCAUCAUCCUGAGGACUAUAAGCACAGCUCUAGAAGAGAUAAAAUAAAGUCAGCCACCUCAAGACACUCUUGUAGGUAGAUGGACAGUGGAGACAGUUACUUCAGCAAAGGUCCCAUCACCCCAAGCCCCAACAGGAGACCAACAAGGACCUGGAGAAGCUCCUCCCCCAAAAAGAUGGGCCGCAGGCCACAGCAAGCUGUGCUGCCAGGCAGCCAGAGCCGGGAUUCGUCCAUCCGUGACACCCGUCUGCCACCACUACCCCACCUGGAGAGCGCAAGAGCCUCUGGGAGCCGCCGUGCACAGGCGGACAGACUGGAGCUCAGGCAGGCACUGCACCGCAGCAGUGUCUCUGCAGAAGGGAGACGACCUCUGCCACCCUUGCCGCCUCUGCCACGGCAGGCAACACCACCGGCAGCUGCACCCCAGAAUGCAGCCGCAGCUCACGGUCAAGUUCCCACAUUGCCCACACUGCCAGCAACUGCCUCCAGGAGUUCUCCAAGAGGCGGAGCACGUGCUGUGGGAGCUACAGCCAGCAGACUGGCUGUGCUUGUCCCACGUCUUCAGGGCAACCCUGAGCGCCAGGAUAUGGCCAUGAGGGCUGAGGGCUGGGAGGCAGUUCUGCGUGUCCCUGCACCCCCUCUCAAGCCUGCAAAUGAAACGCCCAAGUCCCUCAGGCUGGCAUACCGGAGGCGUCCAGCAGCCACAGGAGCAGGACCCUGCCAGAAACCAGCAGGUGCAAGGCAGUGUGCACCCACCAGCACUCGGGGAACACCAGCACAAACAGCCCAGGUGCUGGCUGGGAACAGCCCCACAGAUCAGAUGCGACCUGAUCCCCGUGCUCAGGAGGGCACCAGAGAUGCUGACAGGGUCUGUACAUCACGUUCCCUGCCAGCAGAGCAGGCAGCAGACGAUGGUGCCAAAGCUGGUGGCACUUCUCUGGCCAUGCUACAUGCCAAGGGCACCGAAGAGAGGGCACGCUCCCGCAAGAGAGAGUGCGUGUUCCUGCCCUGCUGUCUUUGCACUUCCACCUGCUGCGAUGUUGUUGUGCAGGAGGUGCAGGAAGAGGGGGAAGACACUGCUGAGAGAGACGCUGUGGCAGAGGCAGCCAGAGAGCCUGUGAGCACAUCAGGCGGUGAGGCAGAGGCCCAGCCUCCAGCGUCUCCAGUGCCUGGGAACCUUCAGCACAAGGUGGACAGGCUGGAGCCUGAAGAGAAACAGCCUCUGCCAACGUGUGGACCAUCCCUGCACGUCCCUGCACCCGCUCUCAAGCCAGCACAUGCCACACGGAAGUCCCUCAAUUUGGCAUACCAAAGACAUCCGGUAGCCACAGGAGCAGGACCCUGCCAGAAACCGGCAGGUCCAAGGCAACGUGCCCCCGCCAGCACUGCGGGAACAGCAGCAAGAACAGCCCAGGUGCUGGCCCCCAAGCCUGGGAAGGUCCCCACAGAUCAGAAGCGACCUGAUCCCCGUGCUCAGGAGGGCACCGGAGAAGCUGACAGGGCCUGUGCAUCACGUUCCCUGGCAGCAGAGCGGGCAGCAGACGAGGGUGCCAAAGCUGGUGGCACUUCUCCGGCCAUGCUGCGUGUCAAAGGCACUGGAGAGAGGGCACGCUCCAGCAAGAGAGAGGGCGUGUUCCUGCCCUGCUGCCUUUGCACUUCCACCUGCUACGAUGCUGUUCUGCAGGACGUGCAGGAGGAGAGGGAAGACAGCCCUGUGGCAGAGGCCGCCGAGGACCCUGUGAGCACAGCGUCUGGUGAGGCUCAGCCCUGGCCUCCAGCAUCUGCUGUGUCUGCAGGUGCCAGGCAUGAGGGGCACUUUGUACCUGCCCACACCUUGUUGCCAGAGGAUGGUCUUUCCUGGGAGACUGAGAACGAGGGCUUUUUUCUGCGGGAUGAGUGGGAAGACGCCCCUGAGCAAUAGAAUACGCAGAAGUAGCCAACAUCACAGUGACCGUGUCAGAGCCCCGUCUGGUGAGGCAGAAGACAAGCCUUCAGCUUCUGGUGUGCCUGUGUGCCCUCAGCGUGAGCUGAGCAAGGCACAAGUGGUUGGCACCAGGCACAAAAAAAGAGAGGAGUCUGGGCGGUGCCCAGUAGGGUGAAGCCUGGCAGGAUGAGACAGCCUCUGUCAACCUGUGGGCCAGCCCUGCAUGUCCCUGCACUCCCUCUCAAGUCUGCGAAUGAAACAGCCAGGUCACUCCGACUGGCAUACCGGAGACGGCCGGUUGCCACAAGACCUGCGCAAGAGCAGAAACCGGCAGGUCCAAGGUGACAAACACCCAACAGCGCUCUGGGAACACCAGCAUAAACAGCCCAGCUGCUGGCCCCCAAGGCUGGGAACAGCUCUACGUCACUUUCCCUGGCAGCAGAGCAGGCAGCAGAUGAUGGUGCCAAAGCUGGUGGCACUUCUCAGGACGCGCUGGGUGGCAAGGUUGCUUGUGUCCCACCCUCGUCAGGACGGUGCUUUGAGCUCUGCACAGGGCUUUCACCAGAGAGAGGAGAGGAGAGGCACGAGGCUGCCAGCAGCAGGCAGCUCCCUGCGGAUAGCAGUUCGCAACCUGAGGAUGGGGAAUUCUGAAUAAAUCUUUUCUUAAUUCUG